AUGGGCGAGCCUCUCAAGGCGGCGACCCAGGCGCAGCAGCAGCAGCUGCUGCUGCAAGAGCAGCAACAGCAACAACAGCAACACGCCCAGCAGCAGCGUCGCUUGCAGCAGCAGAGGCUGCAGCAGCACUGCGUCCAGGAGCAAUGCCUUCUUCAGCACCAGCAUCUGCAGCAGCAAUUGACGCCACCUUUUCAUCAGCAGCUGCUGCCGCAGCAGCAGCUGCUCCUGACGCAACAGCAGCAGCAGCAGCAGCAUUUGCUGCACGAGGAAUGCGUACACUCCAGACGGCACUGCUGGGAUGCUGAUCCUUCUGUUGCUGCAGCAGCAGCAGCAGCAAACGAUGCGCCUCUAUGGAGGGGCUAUAAUGAUGCACACCCCUUAGUACAGCAGCUACUAGAGUACCAGCGGCAGCAGGAGCAGUUGCUGCAGCAGCAGCAUCUGCAGCAGCUGCAGCAUCUGGAUCAACUGCUUCACCCUGAUGCCUUUAACGCCGCCCCCUCCCAGCCUCGCUGGUCUCACCGCAAGCAGCUGCAGCAGCAGCACCACCAACAGCAGCAGCUGCCGCAGCAGCAGCAGCAACAGCACGAACAACAACAACAACAGCAACAACAACAGCAGCAGCAGCUGCCUCCGCAGCAGCAGCGGAAGCAGCAUUCAACGCAGCAGCCGCCCCCACCGCCGCAGCAACCCCCGCCUCCGCCUCCGCUACAGCAGCACCCGCUGCUACAGCAGCAGCAGCAGCAGCAACAGCAGCAGCAGCCGCUGCUGCAGAACCCCCAGCUAGAAGGGAGACGCUUGCUGCUGCCUGCUGCAGGCCUCAGGGAGCGAAGGGGUCAGAGCUCUUCACCCCUGAGCCCUCUGCUGCCAACUCCGCCUCAGCCUCCGCGGCAGCAGCAGCAGCAGCAGCAGCAGCAGAUGCUGCUGCAGCACAGAAGAAUGUACAGCAGAAAACCCCACAUCGAUAGAAUCUCCGAGUUAAGGUAUAUACACCGCCACCAAGACAAACAGAUUCUCUCUACGAGCCCUGAAGGCUCAGCAGGAAGCGGCAGCAGCUCCCAGCAGGCGCAGCAGCAGCAGCAGCAGCAGCAGAAGCAGCAGCAGCAGCUGCUGCAAAAACAACAGCCCUACAAGCAACACCAACAGCAGAGAAACCUCCAGGAGAAGCAACAAACAAAGCAGCAGCAGCAGCAACAACAGCAGCAGCAGCAGCAGCUCGCGCACCAGGAGAAACAACAGCAGCAGCAACAAAAACAACAGCAGCAGCAGCAACAGCAACAGCAGCAGCAGCAGCAGGUGCAAGACGCUCUAAAGAAGCCCGCUUCGGCUUCCUGCUGCCUUUCUCCUGAGGAUGAAGCAACACUGGCGCAGCUGCUGCAGCAAAGAGUUAAGAGAGUUAGAGUAGAGCAGCUGGUGCUGCGGCUGCUGAGAGAUAUGCAGUGCCGCAAGGGAAAGGUCUCCGCGAAGCAGCAAGAACACUUGCAGCAGCUGCUGCUGCUGCAGCAGGUACUGCUGCAGCAGCAAGCACAGAUGUGGGAUACCGCGCUGCUGCUUAGAGCCGUAUACCCAGGGGCCCCUAUGCAGCAGCAGCAACUGCAGCAGCAGCAGCAGCAGCAGCAAGAACAGCAGGAGCAGCACGAACUGCAACAAGCAUUUGAGUGCGAAAUUAAGAGCAGCCUUAGCAGCAUCCGGCUGCAGCAGCAGAACCACCACGACUUGCUGCUGCAGAUGCAGCAGCAAGUAGCAGCAAGCAGGGCCGAUGUGCUGCAGGCAGCAGCAGCGCAGCAGAAGCUGAAGCAGCGGCUGCAGCAGCUUAGCGUAGAGUUUAGCAGGUUGUCGUUUGGAGGCCCUGAAGAGAUGGGGGAGGCGGAGCGGCAGCAGCAGCAGCAGGUGCUGCAGCAGCAGCAGGUGCUGCAGCAGCUGCAGCAAAUAAGGCAGCAAAUGCAUCAAGAUGUUGUUGCUGCACGAACAAUAAGCAGAGGCUUACGCCUUGAAGCAGCAGCACUUUGGGAUAAGUUAAGAAGGGCCCAGAGAAGAAACAGCAUACUGAGGACCCCUGCUGCAGGCAAAGAGCAGCAGCAGCAGGAGCAGGAGCAGCAGCAGCAGCAGCAGCAGCAGCAGAGCCUCCCAGCCCACCCCACCUCCCUGCGGGCAUCAAGCCGACAGCGACAGCAUAGCGGCAACGACACGUGGAGCAGCAGCAGCAGCAGCAAAAGGAGCAGCAGCAGUGCAGCAACUGCAGCGGCAAACGCAGCAGCAGCGCAGCAACUGCAACAGUAG